CAGGUUCUGAGUGUAUUGUCUGCUAUUGGGCCUCUGCUUUGAAGAAAGCUUUUCACAGUGCUUCGGCACUAACAUUUCAGGAUGGUGGGUGCUAAAUCAGGAACAUGGAUUUAUCCUGUCAUCUGCUUUUUCUUUCUUCUGGCCUCUCUGGAAGUGGAUGCUUUAGGUGUACCCAUGACUCUUUUGCAUAGUGCAGUAGCUAAAGGAGCAGUCUGCCUGGAUGGAAGUCCCCCAGCAUAUCAUUUCUCUCCUGGGAGUGGCUCCGGAGCAAAUAACUGGUUGGUUCACAUGGAGGGAGGAGGAUGGUGCCGGAAUGUCGAAGAAUGUCUAGAGCGUAAAAAUAAUUUCCGGGGCUCCUCUAAUCAUAUGAAGCCACUUUCAUUCUCUGGCAUUUUAGGAAAGAGUAAAAAAUAUAAUCCCGACUUCUAUAACUGGAACAGGGUCAAGAUUCGGUACUGUGAUGGUUCAUCGUUUACAGGAGACGUGGAAAGAGUAGAUCCUGCUACAAAUCUUCACUACAGAGGAGCCCGGGUUUGGCUCGCUAUCAUGGAAGAUCUGUUGGCAAAAGGAAUGAACAAAGCAGAAAAUGCACUUCUUUCUGGUUGUUCAGCAGGUGGAUUGGCGUCCAUCCUACACUGUGACAAAUUCCGCAGUCUUCUACCAGCAAGUGCAAAAGUUAAAUGCUUUUCUGAUGCUGGUUAUUUUAUUGAUGGGAAGGACAUUACUGGAACGACCUCUAUCAGAUCCCUUUACAAUGAUGUUGUCAACCUUCAUGGGUCAGGAAAAAAUUUGCCAUCUUCAUGCACUUCAAGCUUAUCACCUAGCCUGUGCUUUUUCCCACAGAAUGUGGUGCCUAAAAUGAGCACGCCCCUCUUUAUACUGAACGCAGCGUAUGAUGCCUGGCAGAUCAAGAAUACUUUAGCACCAAGUUCUGCUGAUCCCCACAAAAGUUGGAAUGCCUGCAAGCUUAAUAUAACGAGUUGUUCGUCAGAUCAACUUGAGAAAAUGCAAGAUUUCAGGUCAGAGUUUCUGCGUGCACUGCCGGCAAGUGGCAACUCAUCUACGGGCAUGUUCAUAAUCUCAUGCUAUGCUCAUUGCCAGUCAGGGAGUCGCGACAUAUGGUCAGGAACUGAUUCCCCGAUGAUUGAUAAGAUGUCAAUUGCAAAAGCUGUGGGAGACUGGUACUCCGGGCGAAGUGUUGUUAGAAAGAUUGAUUGCCCAUAUCCAUGUAAUUCUUCGUGUCGCAACCGUAUAGAUGAAUGAAUCCGUGGAAGAUUAGUGAUCUUGUUGUAUUCCCAUGAGAAUAAGUGCGGAAAGCAACCGCAUAAACAUUCUGUCACCCAACACACCUUUAUGUUAUGGAGCUUAUUGGCUCUCAUCAACCUAACUAUUUGUCUUACCCACAUUUUAUGUGAGUCC